CUACUACUAAUCGAAAAAUACCUAGCGUGUUACCGUUCCUUUCAGUGUUGCGUGUAGAAAAUGUAUUUACGUACGCCCGGAUUGUUGAUGUUCUUAACAUUGUUACUUAGUAGAUGUGACGUUCUAGGCAACUCGGAAAAAUUGUCAGGACUCAAAGAAAUAUCAGGUUACAGCCUGGAUUUGCACGAAAUUCAGCGCCAAAACCAGAUUACGAAGCAAAUUCUAGAAAAUUUCCUAGAAAAAAGACUUUUUGGUCAAAAUAGAUCUUCAAAACCCCCCAGUGUUUGGGAAAUUUUACCGAGAAACCGAAGAAAAAUGGUAAAUAAUAUUCAAGAUGCUUUAAGCAAUGGCACCGUCAAUGAUAGAGAAACAUUAGAAAGUGUGGAAUCUGAAAGGGUUUCAGCAUACGAGCAUUACACACAAGAUGACUGUCCGAAUUGUAUAGAUGAAACUGGGCCGACGCCGAACAGGUGGACGAUGCCAUUGUUGAAAUUAGGAGAGAAAAGAUAUUAUUUGGGAAUAUUUUUUAAGGCGAAUUACUUUCGUGCGACCCAAUAUUGCAGAUUCCAUGGCAUGCAUUUAUCAAGUAUCACCUCUCAAGAAGAAAACGAUAAAUUAGAGAAAUAUAUAAAAGAUUCAGGAUUCGGUCACGAGCAUUUCUGGACAUCGGGUACCGAUCUGGCUGAAGAAGGAAAAUACUUUUGGAUGUCAACCGGACGUCCUAUCACGUUUACAAACUGGAAUGCAGGAGAGCCUAAUAAUUUCGAAUAUGAAAAUGGGGAACAAGAAAAUUGUUUGGAAUUGUGGAAUAGAGAUGGAAAAGGACUAAAGUGGAACGAUUCUCCUUGUUCCUUUGAGACUUAUUUUGUGUGUGAAGUGCAACCUUGAACUAAAAUAAGUGUAAGACUGUUCAGACAUUAGGUAGUUACAUUUACCAGUAAAUUUCAUUAUUUUUUUAACGGAAAUAAAAAGUUAUUGCUGUCCAAUUAGAUAAUUAUCAAUUAUUAUUGAGAAAACGAAUCGUAGAUUAGUUAUUUCUAGUCAAUUACUUUUAAAACCUAUAGAAAGUUGAAUAACUGAUUUAAUUCUAAUAUCUAUUGUCCGAUUUCAUAUUCAAUAUAAAUUGUGAGUCAAUAUGACAUGGAUUAUAAAUAUUUUAGUGAAAAAUUGUCUCUAGAUUGCGAUGUUUCAUAACGAUUUUCUUAUGGAAUCAAUUUUCAACGUCAAAAUAUGACACACUUUAUUAGAAUAAGUAGGUACUCUUAUAUCAUUAAGAUACCGAAUACCGAAUACCGAAAUAAAAUAAAAUCUAUGUAAACUAUAAAUUUGAAAAUUAAAUUAAUACGUUAUUAGAA